UUGUGAAUGCUUCUUGCUUGUAAACUUCUUUUCUUUCUUGAUGGGUUAAUGUGUGUGAAUCUUAUGGUAUGAUCUUUACUUCAAAGAUCAGAUUUUUUUGUUAUGCCCAUUUCUAAUUCACCUUUUCGAAAAAGUUAAAUAACUGAAAAGUUAUACUGUGUGUUAAUUGUAAGAAGUUCAUUUCGAAUUUUGGGGAUAAGGGCAAAUUUCAUUUAGAAUGUGAUAUUAAUGCAAGAGGUUGAUCCCAGGGCCAGUCUUUGUUAGUAUGAUUUCAGAUUGCAGUUUGAAAUUUUUUUCUUUUCAGUUCUUCUCCAUCUUUAUUUAGGUUUCUGAACUAGUCCGCUUGAUCUUUACCGCACCCACUGUUUUCACUCUUUUUCUUUAUAAAUAAUUGGACCCAUUUUUUCUUGUCUAGUAGUUUUCACACAAUUUUCUUACCGGCUUUGACUUGUCAAGAUAAUUUGUCUUUAUAACGCAUGUGUAAAUUUUAUGUGUGAUGCUUGGCAAUUUUAUAUUAAACUUCUGAGGAAGAGAAUGCAGGAGCAAGAGGGUGGAAGGGAUAUCAGAGUUUGAAGCAAGAAGUUGGAAACUAUAAUCAAUUUUAUGAGAACUAGUAAUUUGAUAUGAGGAUUAGCAAUGUUACUUAUCAGAAAAUAUGCACAUUUAUCUUUUUUGCUAACUGUCUCAUUCAUGUUUAAGAGAGAUCAUAGGUUCAGGAUAAGUGAAUUCAACUGGAAUCAUGGGUUUCUGCUGAAUCCCUGAUAAAAAUUUGGUUUUGACAAUAUUAAAGUGAUGUCUUUAUCUUUUUAUCUUUUAGGGUGUAUCAUAAAUUGUGCUAAAUGAGCACAAAACAUUGAGUUUAUGAUUUGGAUGUUUCAAGAUUGUUUCCCUGUUUCUUUCAGUCCUAGUUUCCUGGAGCUAACUGCCACAUUAUAGCAUGGCACUGUAAUUUGCUGUGCUUGGAAAUUGAGAUUUGCAAUUGGAAGAACUCUAGUGUGUGUUGCUUCUGAGCAGGGUUUGAUUUUGGCCCACAGUUUGCUGCUGCUUUAUCACCUAUGAAUGCUUAAGAGAUGCAGAUUGCUUGACAGUAAUUCUAUAACUGCAUGCUUUUGCCCCAUAAAGAUGGGAUGGCUUUAUGAAUUUGAAGAAAACUUAAAGAGAUAACUCCAACUGAGACGUAACGCGCAAUGGCAAUGGCAACUAACGAGAAUCUUCCCCCAAAUGUGAUAAAACAACUGGCAAAGGAAUUGAAGAAUCUCGAUGAAACCCCUCCAGAGGGCAUUAAAGUAGGCGUUAAUGAUGAUAACUUUUCAAUUAUAUAUGCUGACAUUGAAGGCCCAGCUGGGACGCCGUAUGAAAAUGGAGUUUUUCGCAUGAAGUUGAUUUUGUCUCAUGAUUUCCCACAAUCUCCUCCCAAAGGCUAUUUUCUGACCAAAAUCUUUCAUCCAAAUAUUGCAACAAAUGGGGAGAUUUGUGUUAAUGCAUUGAAGAAAGACUGGAACCCAAGUCUUGGCUUACGGCAUGUUUUAAUUGUAAUCAGAUGCCUAUUAAUUGAACCAUUUCCAGAAUCCGCUCUGAAUGAGCAGGCGGGCAAGAUGCUCCUUGAAAAUUAUGAUGAGUACGCCAGACAUGCAAGGCUUUACACUGGAAUACAUGCUCUCAAGCCAAAGCCAAAGUUGAAAACUGGCGCUAUCUCUGAAUCGACUGCUGCCCUAAAUGUGGACCAGACAAAUUCCUCAGCAAAAUGUGUCGACCAGAAGAAUGCUGUUUCAGGAGCUGCGCCACAACCAUUACCCUCUCCAUUGGCCCCCAAACCGGAGAACGGUCAAGACCAUCCAGCUGCCAUGCCUUCAUCAGCUGAGACAGGAGUUAGCGGUUCAACAGCGGCUCCAGCAACACUGAAAAAGGAAGCGGGGCUGAAUAAAGUACCGGCAGACAAGAAGAAGAUAGAUGCCAGAAAGAAAAGCUUGAAGAGAUUAUGAUCAAAACUUCUUUAUGUUGGUUGUUGACAUUGUGGAUCUGGAUCAUGUUUUCUGUUAAUUUCUGCAGAGGGACAUAGAAGAAUGUAUCAGUGGAUAAAUUGGUAUUGUUCACUUGUUCCUCUCUUUUGAUAAUAGAACUCCUUUGCGCCAUGUUUGCUUCUGCUUUUUCUUUAAUGUUCUUUUGUAAAUUGGUUGUUCCUUAGUGGACUCUCCCCAUCAUUUAAAAAGGCCUAACCAACUGGACUUGGGCUGAGUUAGGGCUGUUGAGUUUGCAUCAUAAGUACUUUGCAAACUACUCAUGUUUUAGUUUUCAAUUAUUCGAUGAUGUUUUCACGUA